AUGGGUCCCUCUCGCACUCAUCGAAGCAAAUACAACUUCUCAGAAGAAACUCUGACAGGGCAGCUUUCAUGCCCGCAUUGUAGCAAGAAGUUCAAGACCCAAGGCUUCAAGAAGCACGAAGCAAGCUGCAAGAAGCAGAAGGACACCAAGGCGGAACGAGCAGAGUUUGCCCUUCAAUAUGCACGAGAUCAGAGGAGAGCUCGGCAGCAGGCUUACACUGACAUGGGCAUGAUAACGCCCAGCACUGGCCCAUCGCGAUCAGUCGCUGGGAUUCAGAACGCGCCCCCUGCGAUCAAAGAUCAUGGUCCUCUAGCAGAUAACCCAAACACUGGUGAUUUCGAAGCUUACGAUGGCAACUUCGAAGGUGCUGGUAGCCUAGCCAACAGCCAGCGAGGUUCUGUUGAACCGCAACCUGCAAUACCUCCUCCACAACCCAUUGAAUUCAAAAUGGUCUAUCAUCCUUCUGCUCGUCGUGAACUGCUCCUUCAAACAUUUGAGGAGUUUGGCGUCAAUACACGCCCUGAGGAAGAGCUUCCCGUAGAUGAAGAGCCCUGGCGUCCUUUCUGUUCCCGUGGUGACUUCGAGUUUGCGGAGAUCGCACUCAAUGCCGCCCUCAACAAGUCACACAUUGACGGGCUCCUUGCGCUUAUUGGCCGCAUAUCGAGAGGGGAGAGCCGAGUCACUUUUAAAAAUGACAUUGAGCUGCGCAAAGCUUGGGAACACGCAACGGCUCAGGUGACGCCGUUUGUAAAACACGACAUCACCGUUCCUUAUAAGAAAGAACAACGAGUAUAUGAGACCCACGCGCUGCCUCUGUGGGACUGGGCCCUUGAUUUGCUAGCUAAUCCGCUGCUUGCUCCGCAUUUUGUCUGGGACGCACAACAAGUUUUCAAGCAUAACGGCAGGGAGUUUGAACGCUUUUACAAUGAGCCGUGGACGGCAUCAACAAACCAGAGUCGCCUUCCAAAUGACAUUAAGGCUGCUCCGUUCUGCUUCAUCCUGUACGCGGACAAGACAAGACUGUCGUCCCAUGGUACAGUAAAGGGAUAUCCUGUCGUGUUGCAGGUAUCUGAAGAUGCAGACGAAGAAGGCAAGCCAGGGUUCGUAAACCUCAAGCGUGUCGUAUGGCACGAGGCAUUCUUAAAGCUGUUGGAACUGGUCGCGCAAUACUCAAAGUCUGGCUAUUCACAUACUUGCUAUGACAAGAUCGCGCGCUGGCUGUUUCCCAUUAUUCUGAUACUAUCUGCUGAUUAUGAAGAACAAUGCAUGAUGUCUCUCAUUCGCGGCCACCAUAGCAAAUGUCCCUGUCCGGUAUGUCUUGUACCACUCGAGGAACUUAGUGAGCUAUCAAAGACGUUUGCAUUUAGAUCAGUGGAAGAAGCAAUAGCCGCACUCAAUGUUUACAAGGUCAGCAAAGCUCGAGGCGAGGAACUUCUCAAGGCAUUAGGAUUGCGCGCUGUCACGAAUGUUUUCUGGCUCAUUUCCCACUCUGAUCCUCAUCAAGCCAUCAGUUUUGACCGCCUUCAUGCCCUCCAUCUUGGCAUGUGGAGGCACCUACUCGAGGAGUUGAAGAAAAUCCUCAAAGCACUUGGACGUGAUGAAGAGUCAAAGGUUGAGAAACAGGUUGCUAGUUUCCCUCGAUGGCGCAAUCUUAAUCAUUUCAGCACCAUCAUCCACAUUACCUUCAGUGAUGGUAACAAGAUGCAAGAUCUAUCCAAGCAAGUCUUUUAUUCUGCGGUAAAUGUCUUCAACCAGAGGACGAGCCCAGAAGGGUACAAACUUCUCCGCAUUAUUAGCAGCUAUCUGCAAUUGGACAGCUAUAUCGGUCUCGACGUGCAUACAUCAAGCACGCUGGCAGCAAUUGAUGCUGAACUACUCGUUUUUGAUAGCGCACUCAAGGACUACAUCGAAUGCGCUCUCAAUUCUCCCAUCGAGGGUCUUAAGCUUGACUGGGACUUUCCAAAGGCGCAUCUCUGGAAGCACGCAACUAGGGACAUCCAAAUGAAGGGUGUA